AUGGCGCCACUCGUUUUCCUCCUCUCCCACCACCUCGCCGAGCUUGCCAAAGUCCUCGCUGGGAGCCCCAGCGUCCCCGUUCGCGUCCCCGCACACGGCCCCGCUGGCAGCCACGUCCCGCGAGCGAAGAAAGCCGGUCUCGUCGGGCUGCUAGCCGCCCCUGGGCCACGACCAAGCUCCUCCCCGGCUCGCGAACAACCACCACACCUCCAAAUCGCCUCUCAACCCACCGAGGCGUUCGACGUGGGAACGCCGCUAGUGACAUGGCGCCACUCGUUUUCCUCCUCUCCCACCACCUCGCCGAGCUUGCCAAAGUCCUCGCUGGGAGCCCCAGCGUCCCCGUUCGCGUCCCCGCACACGGCCCCGCUGGCAGCCACGUCCCGCGAGCGAAGAAAGCCGGUCUCGUCGGCUGCUAGCCGCCCUGGGCCACGACCAAGCUCCUCCCCGGCUCGCGAACAACCACCACACCUCCAAAUCGCCUCUCGUACGCGUCUAUCGCCCCCAGCCUUGUCCUCCGGGUCCACUGAGCCCGCGUCUCCACUGCCGACUGACGACGACGCGUCUCUCGCGGCCUCGCUGUCCCCCUGCGGCUCCACCUCUCCUGUCUCGCUCCACAGCUUGCCAACUCCUCCUCCGCCUUCCUUGCACUUCCACCUCAACCCACUGCCCUCACCGCACGCCCCAUUGAGUGCCCCACGAAAUCCACGAGCGAAAAUGACCAAGCUCAUCUCUUUUCCUGCGUUCACGGAUGACCCUACCCCACUCUCGGUCCGCAGCUGGAUUGGGCGCUGCGAGGACACCAUCGAGUCCUUUGAAGCUGUCAACCCCACGCAUGGCCUCGCCACCCGCAACUUUAUCACUCUGGCAGGCUUGAAGCUCGAACAACGCGCCGUUUCCAACUGGUGGGAGGAGAAUCGAGACGAGCUGAAGAAGCUAUCGUCGUUCGAUGACUUUGCGAUCAAAUUGCGUGACAAGGCACAUUGGACGCAAAGCAAUGGGUCAAAUCGAUUGAAAGAGGCCGUGGACUCUUGA